AUGUUAAAAGUUUUAUUUUAUUCAUCAAUUUUUAUUGUACCAAUUUUGACAAUUGUAUUAAAGAAAGAAGAUAAUUAUUCUGCUAUUGGAUAUGUAGGAAUAAUAAUGUGUCUUAUUUUAGGUAUAUUGGGUACUGUUAGGGGAAUGUCAUCUAUAGCCAAAUAUGUGUCAGGUGUUUGUAUAAGCACCCCAAGAGUUAGUAACAAAAGUAUUUUUGGAACAGUGAUAUGCGAGGCAGGAUUAAUUAUUACAAUAUUACAUUGUAUAGGUAUGUCUGUAACAAUGAAUGUAAUGAAAAACACAAUUAUAAAUAAUUAUAUGUUGUUAUGCUCUGGAAUGAUUGUAGGAAGUGGAUUUUAUUUUUCAAGUACAGCUGUAGGAGUUAUUUGUGGUGUAAUAAGUCUUGCAGAUGCGAAAAAUGCAGAGCUAUUUUUUAAAUUAGUUGUGCUUGAGUUUAUUCCAGCAAGUGUUGGAUUACUUGGAUUUAUAUUGGGAAACAUUAUAAAUGAGAAAGCCAAAAAAUUGCAAUAA